UUCAGCGCAUGAAGUUCUGAUGAUACAGAAUAAUAAAUGCGAACGAAGCAGCCCUUCUACUGUUCGCCAUUUGGCAAUAUUUGCCUCAUAUCUGGAAUCAAGCAUAUUAAAGGAAAUAGGUAGGUAUGGUAGGCUGCGGUUAGUUUCAAGCGGAAUCUUUUGUGGACUUGCCCCGACAUAUUUGUAUUUCAAUUUGGCUCCUGCAACUGGAACCUGGUUUACUCAACUCAGAUAUAUUCGCUUACUGGACAUAAGCAGAUGUGCUAUCAAAGAAUUGCCUGAGAGCAUCGACAACUUAAAACUUCUCCAAUACCUUAAUAUAUCUGAAACGGCUAUUGCAAGGUUACCCAACUCACUUUGUUGCCUGUAUAAUCUACGAGCUUUGAAUCUAGAUGGUUGUCCGCUUCAGAGCAUUCCUAAAGGCUUUAUUAAGCUGAUUAACUUACAGAAUCUUUAUAUGGGAGAGAAUUUGUUUUCUCAGGUAGCUGAGAUUGGGAAGCUAACUUCUCUUCAGAAUUUGCCACAUUUUGAAGUUCGGAAGGAGAAUGGACAUAGGAUUGCAGAACUAAAGGAUUUGACUCAUCUUCGCAGAACACUGUGUAUUAAGAGUCUUGAAAACGUUGAAAGCCAGGAAGAUGCUUGUCAAGCUAAGCUAUAUGAGAAAAAAAACCUAGAUGAAUUGGUUCUGAGCUGGAAUUUGAACAGAAACACUAAUUCAGUGUUUAAUGACUUUCCUCUUCAUGAAAAGGUGCUUGAAGGCCUCUCUCCGCAUCCAAACAUCAGAAAAUUGGAAAUCAUAUCCUACUAUGGCAACAAACAUCCAAGUUGGCUGCAGAGAGGAAUGUUACCUUUCCUAACUUCAGUCGGAAUUCAAGAUUGCCCUAAUCUUAAGGAUAUAUGCUACCUUCCUAGUUCCCUUGAAUUAUUGGUACUUGAAAAUGUGGGCUGGGAGCAUCAAGAGCUCAUCCCUCUCUUACUUAUCCAUUAAAAGCUGCUCCAAUCUAACAAGUCUUUACGAGUGGUUGUUGCCGCUCUAUCUACCAGCACUCAAAUCAAUAAACAUAGUUGAUUGCACUAAGCUAACGGCGCUGCAAAUAGAAAGAUUUAAGGAUUUCUUGUCUCUUGAGCGACUGGAAAUAAAAAAUUGCCCCAAGCUUGCCAGCCAAGAGGAACUGUUCUUGCCAUCAUCCCUUGUGUCACUGCAUAUAAGUUCAUGCGGUGAUCUAGAUAAGUCAUUUCCCAGUGCCUACAGAAUCUAACCUCGCUCACGGACUUGGACUUGUUCAAUUGUCAGCACAUAGAAUCCCUUCCGAGUAAGUUUCUUGGUAACUUGACUUCUCUCAAGUUAUUGCAUAUCGUGAACUGUCCAGAGCUAAGGUCUUUAGGCGGAUCAGGGGCGCUCACAUCUCUCCAAGAGCUGACUAUUUUAGACUGUCCUAGGCUUACAGAAACAGAGCCGUUGAUGUAUGUCAAUAGAGUGUGCAGGAAGGAUGAUACGGUACCGCUGGUAGUGGUCAUUGACAACACCGCCCUUCUCCAACUUCCAUUUUUUAGGAAUUUAUUGCCCUCCACCAUGUCUCUUAAAAUCCAGAAUUCCCUCGAAUCUCUGAUAUUUGUCGAAGAUUCUAACGAAUGGUUGCAAAUCCUCGCAUCGGUUCGAUAUCUAUCAUUCGAACAUUGUUCUAAUCUCAGAUCACUGCCGGCUUGGUUACGUGGUUCGACUUCUUUACAGUUAAGAAUAAUAGAUUGUCCUAAGAUCACUCCUUUACAGUUAAGAAUAACAAAUUGUCCUAAGAUCGACUUGCUACCAAACCUGCCAGCUACCCUAUAAUGCUUGCACUUUCCGACUGCAAUUUGAAGCUGAUGCAACAGUUGAAAAUGUACAGCACUGUAACGAUCCGACCACCUAGCAACAAUAACUCGUUGGGCUCAAACCACCAAUCCAAAAUGCUUAAGUCCAGUUAGUAUUACUAGCGUAUAGGUCUCAUAUAUUCUAAUCAGAAUCAGUUUCCCACCCGAUGUGGGACUAUUGGAGCGUUACAAGCGCAACGACAAAGCAACAUCAAUCUCAUGGAUUUGAAAUAGAUCCUUCUAUCACUACCAUUUAGAAUUCCCUUGAAUCUCUGAUAUUUGUCGAAGAUUCUAACGAAUGGUUGCAAAUCCUCGCAUCGGUUCGAUAUCUAUCAUUUGAACACUGUUCUAAUCUCAGAUCACUGCCAGCUUGGUUACGCGGCUC